AAAAAAAAAAAUUAAAAAAAAAAAAAAACAGAAUUUUAAAUGUGCACGACAAUUGUCCAUUUAGUGUGUGAUUUUGGAAUAUGUGGCUAAAACUCAUAACAUGGCUAACGUUGCUGCAGCUAUUAGCUGGCGCACUUAGCCAGGAGUUCAAAAUCUUUGGUGGAAAAACGGAGUCAGUUCGGAACUAUCCAUUUUUGGUGAAUUUGCGACAAGGUUCGAAAUUUGCAUGUGGCGGAGCUCUUAUUGCGCCCAGCUGUGUGGUCACAGCCGCACAUUGUCUCGGAGACCGUGGAGAAAAUGUCAAUGAGUUAUAUGUAAAUGCCCAGCAAGACUGCCUAAAUGGGUCAAUUCCAGAUGCGUACGUACGUCAGGCCUGGUAUGCUUGUGUCGCUCCACAAUACAAACCAAGCGAAUUCGAUGCGGAUCUGGCAGUCAUCAAGCUGCGUCAGCCAUUUUACACGUCCGAUAUUAUAAACACCAUUGCCGUUGAUUUCAACGAGCCGCCGGAAGGUGCAAGUAUGAGAAUUGUUGGCUGGGGCAUGACCAGCGAUGUGGGUCAGGAUUUGGGGCAAUGCUUGCAAUCGGCCGAUGUCAGCGUGGUGCCGCGAGAUCAAUGCAAUCGCCAGAUGAGCUUUAUAUCUCCAAUAACGAAUAAUAUGUUCUGUGCCUUGGGUCCAAAUAAGAUUGAUUCCUGCAGUGGCGACUCUGGAGGUCCCAUUCUUUAUAAAGGUCGUCCUGUGGGUGUAGUAUCCUGGGGUAAUCACUGCGGCAGCGGGCUACCUGGCGUCUACACACGCUUUAGCAGCUCAGCAAUGAUGUGGUUCCUUCAAAACUUCAUAGAGACACACUGCUUGGACAAGAUCUGAACCUUUUAAGUAUUUUACAUUAAAAACUAUUAUCUCUCUA